GAAAAUGAGGUUCUCACUGUUAUUUUCAUUUGUUAUUGUCAUUGGAAUAUAUAGUUAUAAUUUUUCUGAGGCUAGAGAGCCUGUAUGUUCUAAAUUUGCAUAUGAAGAACAGCUUUUAGAGAAAAUGAUAAGAACGGAAAUUAAGGUAGAAACAAUGGUGAAUGAAAUUAAGAAAACUGAGGAUAAAGUAAUCAGUACAUUAGGCUACAUUAAACAAACAGUUGCUGAGUUUAUGGACAUGUUUGCAGACAUUAGAGGAAACAUAACGGACGAGAUGUUAAAGAGAAAUGACGAGAUAGAAAGGAGAGAAGAAUCGUUCAAGAAACGUUUUGAAGAAACAAGAAACAACCUCACUAGUGACAUUGACGCUAAAAAAGAGGAACUUAAUCAAAUUCAAGGGAAACUUGAACAACCUCCGAUCGCUUUCUAUGCACAUCACUUGAAAGACCUGUCUCUUGAUACUACAAAUCUAUGA